AUGAAAGAUGUCGAAAGGUGUCGAAAGGUGUCGAAAGGUUUGAUGAAAGAUGUUGAAGAAGGAUACAUGAAAGAUGUCGAAAGGUGUUUUGGCAUCCUUCAAACUCGAUGUCUGAUUGUUCGAGGUGCGGCCCGUAUGUUUGAUGAGGAGAUCCUCCGAAGCAUUUUGAUUACUUGUAUCAUCCUCCAUAAUAUGAGUGUGGAGGAUGAGUAUGAUUACGAUGCUAUAGAGGUCUAUGAACCGGAUCCCAUGAACACGACCUUGACACGAAUUUAUGAAAGGCCCACAGGGCCAAGUGAAGAACCAUUUGAGUCGGAUCCGUUGGUUAGGGAUGGUCGCUUCAUGACCUGUAUGCUAGAUCGAUAUAUAGAGAUGCAAUCUUCGUAUGUUCAUGAAAGGCGUCAACUGGACUUGAUGGAGCAUCUAUGGCCGGUGAAAGGCAAUGAUGGUGAAUGA